CAGAGCACAAGCAAGUUAGGCACUCGAUAUUCGAUCGCUCAAUUUCGUUGAACACCUUUAUAAGUGAGUGUCUGUUUCUGGGCUGACUUCAGAAUUUCGUCGGCGGUGUGCCUGGCCACUGAACCGGUAUUGAUUUUCUUUUGUAUGGACAGUUUGUUGCUUGCGUCAUGGUCAUGGCGUGGCUUACCUGAGCGACUAUCUUAUCAGUAAGUUUUUCACACAAAGAAGCAAGGCUCUGACAGACAUAGCAAAUCUCUCGUUGAUCCUGUGAGUUAAUUCAAAGUGUUCUAACAUUGAAAAAAUAAGUGAAACGUACAUUCGAAGUGAAGACGAUCGGAAAAAUGAAAGUGGUAAACAUAAACAGAGUGAAUCAUCAGCAUCAUCUGGACGGGCUGCAGACGACGCUAAUGGAGGAUCCGAUUACGCCAAAAGCCACCACAGAUGUGAUGGACAACGAGUCCGGUCGCGACACCGGCGGUGACUGUCAUGCAGGAGGAGGUGGUGGUGGUGGUGGCUGCUCCGGAAUCACACUGCCUUCGGCAAAACCGAACCAGAUUCAGGCUCUGCUGGAACGUCACGAAAAUCCCCCAUCCCCAGCGGCUAGUAUUAGCAACAUCAGUGGCAUCGCCGCCAGUAGCUGCAGUUCAUCGUCCUUUAUCACCGGAGUAUCAAAGUUGCUACGUAAUCUGUAUCUAUGCGGUGGCAGUGCGGCCAGCGUAUCGAUGAUGCGUCAACUGGGCGUAAGUUUGGUGAUCAACGCAACGACUGAAUCGGAACUUCCCAACACUCCAUUGCCCUGUGAUGAAACGACCGGAUAUCUGCGGGUGCCGGUGAAAGACAACCGGGAAGCGGACCUGGCACAAUAUUUCCACGAAGUAGCUGAUAGAAUUGAAGAGGAAUCCCAACGCGACGGAGUCACCCUGGUACAUUGUGUGGCCGGUGUAAGUCGAUCCGCUUCACUUUGCCUAGCUUAUCUAAUGAAGUACCAUAGGAUGAGUCUUAAAGAUGCGUACAAUCAUGUGAAAACUCGUCGACCACAAAUCCGACCGAAUGUGGCUUUCGUUAAACAGUUGAGUGAAUUCGAGUUUCAACUAACCGGUGCCCGAUCGGUGGCUAUGGUAUACUGUCACGCGUUGGAUCAGGAGCUUCCCGACAUUUACGAGCCGGAGUUUCGAACGAUGGAACUGAUGUACCAGAAGUUUCGACGGAAUAUUGCAAGGCGCUAGGAGCGUACCGUGAGCUUCUCUACAUUGCCCCAUUCAGUGGUUCGAAACUGUAUUCCCAUCAUUCGUAAGAUGAUCUAUUAUUAACCUAAAAUAAGGCACUGAGAAAACCGGCGGCACCGACUAAGCCGUCGUAGAUUUAGGUCGUCCAAAUGUUCAAAUAAUUAACCGCACAUUAUAUUAUACCGUAACUGCACAACCGUACUCCAAGUUAAUAUUAUUAGCUCGCGAGUAUUAACUACACUGUGUAUACUAUAUAACUGUAAGGCAACCCUUAGUUCAGUUGACGAUUAGCUGUAGAAACAGUUUCCGGGAAACAGGCUCAAAUCACCCACCGUGCAAUAGCCACCAAUGACCACCGGUUGAUGUACAGCUACUCGAAAGCUUCCACUAUUAGGUCAGGGACCAAUCCUGCUAUAUUAUUAGGUUUUCCCUUAGGAGUUAAUUUAAAUUUACUAUACUCAUACAGUUAAGAAGUGACCAAUAUGUAAUGUCCAUAUUUUGAUUUAGCAAUCGAAAAACGGAAAUGUUACGCGACAUAAAAAUAUACUUGAUUUUGUUUGAAUCGUUUAUAACCUAAUGACAAAACAAAACUCUAUACAUAGAUAUUUUAUAAAUACCACUAUAACGUGAAACUAAUAAAGCAAU